AUGGCCAUUCGUGCGGCUAUCGCAAAGGGUAGCGACGAGGUGCAGAAGCUGGGUGGCGCCCGCAAGGGAGAUCGCACCAUGGUCGACGUGCUCGAGGCACUUCGCGAGAGCCCGGAUGUGAGGCAGGCCGUAACCUUGAAGGACUUCCUGGAGGUGUGCUUGAGGGAGGCAACCAAGGCGGCUGCCGCGACCGCACAGCUUCCGGCUAAGUUUGGUCGGAGCCGGUAUCUCAGUGGGAAGGAGGUCGGUCAGAAGGACCCGGGAGCCGAGCUUGUUGUUCUAUGGAUCAAGGCUGUUGCAGACAAAUAUGCACACCCUAAUAAUGAAAUCUCUCAAAAGAGCAAAUACUAA